UUCUUCUUCUUCGCCUCGCCCUUGCCUCGUUCCUCACCCAUCCUUCCCUCUCGCGUCUCGCGUCUCGCCGAGGCGAUUAGCCGCCUCUCCUCCCCGCGCGUCGCCUUCGCCUCGCGCUGCGCCCUCUUCGCGCCGCGCUCGGGGGGUCUCGCAGGAGCCAGCGGCGGGCAGAUCCGGCGCCGGUGUACGUCUUCCGAGGUUUGAGAGGAUCGGCGGCGGCGGCGGCGGCGGCGACCGGGAGGUUGUUCUGUAGGAGGCGGCGGUGGUUUGGUUGGGUGAAGGGAGGAGGGGGAGGAGGAGGAAGGGAGUCUGUGUAUGGGGGGAUGAAGCGCGCCAGGGACGACGCGCUCAUGGGCUCCCAACUCAAGCGCCCCAACGUCGGUCGAUCCGAUCCGACGGCGCAGCCGCAGCACAUGCCUCUGGGGCCUGCCUCCGCUGCAGCGCCGCCGCCUCAGGCCGCCGCUGCUCCGCCUGCUCAGCCGCCCGCCGGCGGCGCAACGGCCGGCCAGAAGCUCACCACGAACGAUGCGCUCGUCUACCUCAAGGCCGUCAAGGAUAAGUUCCAGGACAAGAGGGAGAAAUACGAGGAGUUCCUCGAGGUCAUGCGCGAUUUCAAGAGUGAGAGGAUUGAUACCAACGGAGUCAUUAUUCGUGUCAAGACACUCUUCAACGGGUACCCUGAGCUCAUCCUUGGCUUCAAUACCUUCUUGCCCAAGGGUUAUGCAAUCAAGCUGCAGGAGGAGAAGAAGCCUGUUGAUUUCGUGGAAGCCAUCAAUUUCGUAAACAAGAUUAAGAAUCGGUUCCAGCAUGAUGAGCAUGUCUAUAAGGCAUUCUUAGACAUCCUCAACAUGUACCGCAAGGACAAUAAAUCCAUCCAAGAUGUUUACCAUGAGGUUGCUGUGUUGUUUGCAGACCACAAAGAUUUACUCGAAGAGUUCCAACACUUCUUGCCUGAUACCUCCGUGCCUCCACAAGCUGUGGCCCCUUCAAGGCCUGGUAUUAGGCGGGAUGACAGGACCUCUCUGGUGCCUCCUGCUAGUAGGAAUGAAAAGAGGGAUAAGGCUCAUCCACAUGCUGACCGUGAGAGUGUUGAUCGUCCUGAUCUGGACCAUGUUAUCCAGCGAAGACGCCCUAAGGAUAGGCAUGAUUAUGAUAGAGGCGAUAAGGAUGGUGAACUUGACAGCAAAGAUCUUGAUAUAGGACUUAAGCGCAAACCUUUUCCAAGGAAGAUGGAGGACCCUACCAGUGCUGAUGCACACCAUGGAGGGCCCCUGGAAAAUCACGGAAUACUUGGUGCAUCUGCUUCAUUAUAUGAUAAUAAAGAUGCACUUAAGAGUGUAUACACGCAGGAGUUCCAUUUCUGCGAAAAAGUGAAGGAGAAGCUGGAGCAUGAUGCUUACCAGGAGUUUUUGAAAUGUCUUCACAUAUACAGCCAGGAAAUUAUUACUAGGAGUGAAUUGAAGAACUUGGUGAAUGAUAUACUUCAGCAGCAUCCAGAUCUUAUGGAUGGGUUUAAUGAAUUCUUGGAGCACUGUGAGAAUAUAGAUGGUUUUCUGGCUGGUGUCUUCAGUAAAAGGCAAACUGGACGAAUUGUUAAAACUGAGGAAAGGAAAGAGGGAGGAAAGGGAACAGAAAAAGAACCGGACAGAAUCGAGAAAGUACCAGCAUAUAAGGAAGCUCCUAGCCAAAAACCUGUGUUCUCUAGCAAAGAAAAGUAUAUAUACAAACCUGUAUCAGAGCUCGAUCUUUCAAAUUGUCAGCGGUGCACUCCAAGUUACCGGCUUCUACCUAAACAUUACCCAAUGCCUCCCGCAGGCAACAAGACUGAGCUUGGAGCUUCAGUGCUUAACGAUCACUGGGUAUCAGUGACAUCAGGAAGUGAAGACUAUUCAUUUAAGCACAUGAGAAAGAAUCAGUACGAAGAGAGUUUAUUUAGAUGUGAAGAUGACAGAUUUGAGUUGGACAUGCUGUUGGAAUCAGUUAAUGCAGCAACUAAGCGUGUCGAAGAGUUGAUAGAAAAGAUGCAAGACAACUCCCUAAAACCAGAUAGCCCAAUACGCAUCGAUGAGCAUUUAACUCCUUUGAAUCUGAGGUGCAUUGAACGGUUAUAUGGUGACCAUGGUCUGGAUGUGAUGGAUGUCCUUCGAAAGAACGCUAGUGUUGCUCUACCAGUCAUCUUAACUAGGCUUAAACAGAAGCAGGAAGAAUGGUCAAGGUGCCGAUCAGAUUUCAACAAGGUUUGGGCAGAGAUAUAUGCCAAAAAUUAUCACAAGUCUCUUGACCACCGCAGUUUCUAUUUCAAACAGCAAGAUACAAAGAACCUGAGCACAAAAUCUCUAUUAACUGAGAUCAAAGAAAUUAAUGAGAAGAAAAGAAAGGAAGAUGAUGUGCUCCUUGCUAUUGCUGCUGGAAAUAGGCGUCCAAUAGUUCCCAAUAUGUCAUUUGACUAUGUAGAUUCAAACAUCCAUGAAGAUAUGUAUAAGAUCAUUAAGUACUCCUGUGGUGAAGUCUGCAGUUCCUCAGACCAACUGGACAAAGUUGUGAGAAUUUGGACAACUUUUCUGGAGCCAAUUUUGGGUGUUCAGCCUCGGACACAUGGUGCUGAGGAUGCAGAUGCAGUCAAACCCAAGAGUCGAACCACAAAGUCUGGUCUUGCAACUGUUGGGGAAAUCAACACUACUGCAGCAGGGGCUGUUGCCAAGCAUGGCCAUGAUGAAAAUAUUCCACAGGAGCAAACACCGUCAUCUCUGGCUAGAAUGGUGAAUGGAGUAGCAACAGAUACUCAAAAUGGUUUCCAUGAUGUUGAUCGAACUGCUCGUAGGGCUGAGGAACCAUCGAAUACUGCCGUAAAUGGAAGAGUGCAAGGUGCUUCCCCUGGAACUAAUGAAAUUCCCGCUGUUAGUACCCAAAACAUGCCUACCGAGAGGUCUGCAGAGAACAUUCCUGUUGCUAGGACUGAACAGCAUGGCAAUGCUAAAGCAAAUUUGGAACCAACAUCAGGUGUGAAUGCUUCUAGAAGUUCUCAUGCUGGAAAUGACACUGCUGCUGAAGCCCGGGCUGGAAAUGAAACAUUACCAUCAGUAGAGGGUGGAGAAACAGGGAGGUCAGGAUCAACUUUAAAUGGUGGAGGUGCAAGUGAGGGUAACAAAGGGCGCCUAUUCAAUGAAGCUUCUGCAUCCCACAAUACCCCAAAAGUUGAAAGAGAAGAGGGUGAAUUAUCUCCUAAUGGGGAUUUUGAAGAGGACAAUUUUGCGCCUUUUGAAGAUGGAGCUGUAGAUGGAGUAUCUAAAGCGAAGGAAGGUUCCACAAGCAGACCAUUCCAGGGUAGGUCUGGAGAAGCACAACCAUCUUGUGCUGAAGCAGCUGGUGAGAAUGAUGCUGAUGCUGAUGAUGAGGGUGAGGAAAGCGCACAAAGGUCUACCGAGGACAGUGAGAAUGCCUCCGAGGGUGGUGAAGAUGCAUCAGGAAGUGAAUCUGGUGAUGGUGAGGAGUGCUCUCGUGAAGAUCAUGAUGAGGAAGAGGAAGAUAUGGAUCAUGAUGAUCAGGAUGCCAAGGCUGAAAGUGAGGGUGAGGCAGAAGGAACAACUGAGACACAUGAUGUGGAAGGGGGAAUAUCACUCCCGCUAUCGGAACGCUUUCUACACUCCGUAAAACCACUUGCCAAGCAUGUACCCACAGCUUUACAUGACCGAGAUGAAAAGUCCUCGCGUAUAUUUUAUGGGAAUGAUUCAUUUUAUGUACUGUUCAGGCUGCAUCAGAUCUUGUACGAAAGAUUACUUUCGGCUAAGACAAACUCAUCCAGUGCUGAAAAGAAAUGGAGAACUUCCAAGGAUACAAACCCACCUGACCUAUAUGCAAAGUUUAUAAGUGCACUUUACAACUUGCUCGAUGGUUCUUCGGAUAAUACCAAGUUUGAGGAUGACUGCCGUUCUAUCAUUGGUACUCAGUCCUAUGUUCUGUUUACUUUGGAUAAACUGAUAUAUAAAGUUGUGAAGCAGCUUCAAGCUAUAGCAACAGAUGAAAUGGACAACAAGCUUCUCCAGCUUUAUUUAUAUGAAAAAUCAAGAUCCCCUGGGAGGUUCUUUGAUCUAGUCUAUCAUGAAAAUGCACGCGUGCUCCUCCAUGAAGAGAGCAUAUACCGGUUUGAAUGUUGCUCAAAUCCUACAAAAUUGUCUAUUCAGCUGAUGGAAUAUGGCCAUGAAAAGCCUGAAGUGACUGCAGUAUCAAUUGAUCCCAAUUUUUCCUCGUAUCUUUUUAACGAGUAUUUGUCGAGUAUGUCAGACAGAAAAUUGUCUGAGGGUGUCUUCCUGGAAAGGAAUAAGCGGAAGCAUUCAAAUAACGACGAGCCUUCAGAUUCGUUGAAGGCCAUGGAUGGUGUCAAAGUCGCUAAUGGCCUUGAAUGCAAGAUAUCAUGCAAGACCUCUAAGGUCUCAUAUGUCCUUGACACUGAAGAUUUCUUAUUUCGAUUGAGAAAGAGGAGGAGAUUUUCACCUGUUGGAAAUGUGCCUGAGAAGCUGCAGGCUUCAAAAACAUAUGCUGCGAAAGUGCAGCGCUUCCAUAGAUUUCUAUCCAAGCCUUAGGGGUCAUCGGCAAAAUACUGUCCUUGUUGUAACUAAAUCAGGAGAUGCUGCUGCCGAGAUCGCGACUGUUUUGCUUCGAUAUUGAGAGAAGAAGCUGUGGGAGAUUGAUCGAUUGACCCCCUUGGAAUAACAAGUGCUUGCUGCUGGGAAGAGGACGAUGUUACAGAAUACUAUAUAACAGGGUAAAUACAGGAGGAGAGGAAAGCAAAUCAAAGCAAAGCAUGAGUGAGCACCGCAGUCAGCUCCGAUGUGCUGAAAGAAGUGUUUGUUGUACAUAUGUAUUAGCAGAAUUAAUGUUGUUUGUUCAGUAAGGUCCAGGUUUACCAAUAUUAAUUGUUUACUUACUGCUCUCUCUCUCUCUCGGUCGUAGGAGGAUGGAUAUUAUUCUAUUAACUCAUCAUCAAAUCAUUUGUUGCUGUUGGUAUAGGCCCCUCUGUUUUUUGACCCACCCAUGUUUUUGAUUGAAUCUAACGUUGUCAAACACAGCUAUUGUAAUCGAUCGAUCUAUCCCUUUGGUAAAUUAGACAGACUUGUAAUACAUACACUAAUAAUUUCUAAUAGCUGCUCUGUUACAUGCGUUUA